UGACGUCAGCUCCCAGGUCGCCGAGCAGAGAAACAACAUGGCGACAGAAUGGAGCGGGCAGCAGGGUUACAUUCUCACCGUCAUCAUCUGCCUGUGGAGCGCCGUCGGCGGCCGCACGGAGACGGCGGCCACGGCGGCGGCGGCGGCGGGGUCCGGCGGCAGGGGCAGCGGCGGCGGCAGCCAGGUGCUCGGCAUGCGGCUGGAGAGAAGCGACAAGCCGGCCAGCACCAAUGACGACGGUGUCAUCCAGGUGACCGAGGAGAGCUCCGUGCAGCUCCGGUUCUACGGGCUGCAGCUCCACUCGGGUGCCUGGACGCAGAUCCGCUUCACGGAGCUGACAGACGGCGGCGGGGACGAGGAGGAGGAUGAGGAAGAGGCAGUGGCGAUCAGGGGCGGCAGCGGCAUGAUGGACGCGCCGGACAGGACUUGUGCUGAUUUCACGAAGGACAUCAGCGUCGGGACCUUCAUGAACGUGAGCCAGCGGGGCACGUCGGGGCUGCUCAGCCUGCACAUUAAGCCGCUGCGCAAGAGCGAGAUGCAGAAGGAGUACGCAGUGUGCACCCUGAGCGCGGCCGGGGACCGUUGGGUGCUGCUGGGGGACAGCGAUGGCAGGCUGCUGGUGCUGGAGGAGAAGAAGUCACUGCUGCCCAUGUGGCUGCAGGUGAUCCUCAUCUCCUGCCUGCUGGUGCUCUCCGGUAUGUUCAGCGGCCUCAACCUGGGGCUCAUGGCGCUGGACCCCAUGGAGCUGCGCAUCGUGCAGAGCUGCGGCACCGACAAGGAGAAGAAAUACGCACGAAAGAUCGAGCCGAUCCGCAGCAAAGGGAACUACCUGCUGUGCUCCCUGCUCCUGGGGAACGUGUUGGUCAACACCACCCUCACCAUCCUGCUGGACGACCUGAUCGGCUCGGGGCUGGGCGCUGUGGUGGCCUCCACCAUCGGCAUCGUCAUAUUCGGGGAGAUCGUCCCGCAGGCGCUGUGCUCCCGCCACGGACUGGCCGUGGGAGCCAACACCAUCAUGGUCACUAAGUUCUUCAUGUUGCUCACCUUCCCGCUGUCUUUCCCUGUCAGCAAGCUGCUGGACGUGCUGCUGGGUCAGGAGAUCGGCACCGUGUACAACCGGGAGAAGCUGGUGGAGAUGCUCAAAGUGACGGAGCCCUACAACGACCUGGUCAAAGAGGAGCUCAACAUGAUCCAGGGCGCGCUGGAGCUGCGGACCAAGACCGUGGAGGACGUGAUGACCCCGCUGGCCAACUGCUUCAUGAUCCAGGCGGACGCGGUGCUGGACUUCAACACCAUGUCGGAGAUCAUGGAGAGCGGAUACACCAGGAUCCCGGUGUACGACGACGAGCGCUCCAACAUCGUGGACAUCCUGUACGUGAAGGACCUGGCGUUCGUGGACCCGGACGACUGCACCACACUGAAGACCAUCACCAAGUUCUACAACCACCCGGUGCACUUCGUGUUCCACGACACGAAGCUGGACGCCAUGCUGGAAGAGUUCAAGAAAGGUAAAUCCCACCUGGCCAUCGUCCAGAAGGUGAACAACGAGGGAGAGGGGGAUCCUUUCUACGAGGUGCUGGGAUUGGUCACCUUAGAGGACGUCAUCGAGGAGAUCAUCAAGUCAGAGAUCCUGGACGAGUCCGAUCUUUACACCGAUAACAGAAACAGAAAGAAGGUGGACCCCAACAAAAACAAGCGAGACUUCUCAGCCUUCAAGCAUGAUGGCGACAGUAAAGUGAAGAUCUCUCCUCAGCUCAUGCUGGCGGCUCAUCGUUUCUUGGCUACAGAGGUGAGCCUGUUCAGCCCGUUCCAGAUCACAGAGAAAGUCCUGCUGAGGAUCCUCAGACACCCAGACGUCAUCCAGGAACUCAAGUUUAACGAAAAUGACAAACGGUCCCCGCAGCACUUCCUCUACCAGAGAGGCAAACCUGUCGACUACUUUGUGCUCAUUCUGCAGGGACGGGUGGAGGUGGAAGCUGGAAACGAAAACAUGAAGUUUGAAACUGGUCCAUUCUCCUACUAUGGAGUCAUGGCUCUAAGCACACCGUCACUGGCCGUCACCCCUCCUCUCUCCCCGUCAGUGGCGUCCCCCCCUCCACGACGCCUCUCUCUUAAGAGGUUUUCUCUGUUCUCUCGUUUCCCAGAGUUUCGUUCUCCAUCACACGGGGGCAACCUCAACCGCUCGGCAUCUCUGAGCUGCACUGAGCGCGCUCCGGAGAGCGGCUCUGUUGGCGGGAGCAACACUCAGAUCCCUGGCACCCCCUUCCAGUACAUCCCGGACUUCUGUGUCCGAGCUCUCACAGACCUGCAGUUUGUCAAGAUCACUCGUGCCCAGUACCAGAACGGUCUCCUGGCCUCCAGGCUGGACAGCUCGCCACAGUCUCCAGAUGGCAGCCACACUCGCCUGGACACAUCUGUCUCGUUGCCCCCCGUGACGCCGCCAGGGAUUCGCACACCACUGCCGCUGGCCACACCUCCCGCUAAACGCCCGCCAUCCAACGCUCAGCCGACGCCGCCGAGCGGCCGCAGUGCUCUGCCCCAAGGCGCCUCCUCCUCCGGCCGCAGGCCCAGCCAGUCUUUGCCCCAAGCCACCCCCCUUCCAAGCAACCAUACCCACCUCUCCCAAACCCCUCCCUCCUCUAUAAGCACGGUGCCGUGCGCUCUGAACCCCCACCCCACCCUGCCCUCAAAACCCCGGCAGUCCCCGCCCUCUGCCGGCCCAGAGAACGGGCCAGGAGAGACCACCACUCUGCUCAGUGAGCAGCAGAACUGUGUGGGCCGCCGUCGGCCCAGCCACCCCCAGCCGCACCCCCACGUCCACACCAUCAGUCACGCACACACUGAGAGCACCAUCUAACUACGGUCCCUGUGGGGAAACUAAACUACCUGUGCACUCACAUUUAACUUACACUGGCACUACUUCAUGUUCCUGCUUGUUGUCUCCUGAACUUUUCUGUUUAAGGGAAGCUGAGGAUCAGCAGCACAUCAGAGACCAACACAGAUCCUCAUGUGUCCCUCCCUGCAUGUUCCCCUCCCAACAUUGAAAAAGACCAAGGAGAGAGUACAGCGAUGAAGCAGGGAACACUAGUGAGUAUGGUUAGAUACAGUAUGAAGAUGGGUUGUGUACUGCAUGUGUGUGUUCUUAAAGAAUUAGUUCACCCAAGUUAUAUACCUGCUUGCAGAUGCCUUUUUUGUGUAGGUUUUGAGAUUUCUGCCUCCAUCUCAGUACAGUGGUUGUGAAUGGGAUUAAUUAUGUGGUGCUCACAGCUUUGGAAAAUUGCAUUUUUUAAAACUGCUGGUUGCUCACUUUCAGAAUUUUUUUCUUUAUCCCAUAAAAAUAACUCCUAUAAAAAGUGUUCACAUAAACAUAACUGGAUGCUGUUUCUGGAGAGACACAUUUCUGUUAAAAUGAAGCAUUUUGCUGAGAAACUGGUAUACUCAAACACAAUUUGGCCAAAGCAACCGUUAACAAAAAGAAGAAAAUGUGGCAGAGAAAAUGGCAGCAAUGUUUUGAUGCUGCCCCCAGUGGUCGGUGACUUGUAGCUUUUGAAGGAACCGUGCAUUUGCGAUGAUGUGAAAGUUAUCAUUGAAAAAUACCCGAGACCCUACACUGCAGAUGCAGUUAACGAAAUUAUCGUUACUUAUUAUAAAAAGCUUGUAGUACUGUUCUUAAGUAACUUUGAUGUACUUUAUUUAAAUUUUUUGAUAUUUUAUUCUUCUACUCCAUUACAUUCCAAACUUAGAUUAUACUUUAAAAAACAUUAAAAUACAAUCUCCUUCGUGGUAUUAGUGGUUUUAUUUAGUAAAGUCUUUCACUACUUCUUGGAUCACUACCAGACUACAAUGUUCUUCUUAAAAAGGAUUUUAUUGUAUUUGAAAAAAUAGAAAAAAUCUACACAAUGGAUGAGGUAUUGUCAUUCUCAGUCAAAAGUGAAAAGAAGGUAAAUUUUGUUUUACCAUUACAAUUUAUUAAUGUUUAGAACGGCACAAACAAAAUCCCAUUUACCUCCUUUGUAUUUUAGUGUCAUCAUUACAUCAGACUCUAGAUUCAUGAAGAAAAAUGAAACAAUUUCAAAUUUUAGUUCAACUUCAUGAUUUUUUAAAUCUAAUUUUCCACAUUAAGAGCAACAAACAAAAUUCCUUCAACCUCUUUUGUAUUUGUUUGCGGAUGUUUUGUCCACAUCUAUAGACAAAAGUCAGCAGAAUUUAGAUCAUCUUGAAUUUCCCUCGGGACUAAUAAAGUAUCUAUCUGUCGUUCAACUUUCUGUAUAUCCACGGCAAUUUUCCAUGUUUUUAGCAGAACAACAAAAUCCCUUUUACUUCCAUUGUAUUUCGGAGGUAGACACCUCACAACCUCAGCACACAAAACUGGAGCUACCUGCUUCCUUUGGGUAAUUUAUGUGAACUGACCCUUUGAGUCAUCACUGGUAAGAUGAUAACAGUCAUCAGUGCUGUAUCCCUGCUACACAGUUUACUGUUGAGUUUUCAGUUGUUUGUAUUUAGUUUACCUCUAAGUUUGAUUUGAUUUUACCAAAGAGGAAAACUUCCAAAGGUUUUAAAGUUGGCAAAGAAGUUUUCAUUUACAAUAAGUUUGGUUUUACUUAGGUUUCCUGUUCUUUGGCAGUUUCUUGUGUUCUUUGAAACUGAGGUGACUUUAAAUAAGUCAGAGUUGUGACAGAUUUGAAAGAAUUUAUCUGUGUCAAUUCAGCUACCAGCAAAAAGACCAGAUUCACUGUACUGAGUGACUCCUGCAAGCUGAGGAGAAAGUUAAACUACCACACUGCUGUUGAUGCAUGUUUUACACCACUUAAAUCAGAUCACUUCAUAUUUCUGACCUUUUGCAAACCAUGCUGGACACAUUUCUGAAAUUUCAGGGAGCCUCUGACUUUUGCUAAUUUGUGCAUGUGAGAAAAAUCUGUUUUUAGGCUUGAGUUCAUCGUGCGUCUGUAUGUUUUUGUCCAAAUAUUAAUAUUUGGAGGAGAUAACAGCUCAGUAUGUAUGAACUGCAUUACUACACAACAAAAAGAAGCCAGAGUUAAUGUUAAACAUGUACAUUUUACAUUUCAUUCACUAUUCAAUUAAAUUGUAAAUAUAGACGAAUUACUUGGAUAUUUUUGUUUAAUUACCUGUUUUUAUUCUUAUUUUUUAAAUUCUUGAAUAUAUCAAUUUAAUAACAAAAUAUUGAAAUAUAAUAGUAGUGUUAAUAUUUAGAAUAUUUAGAAACAAAAUGUCCUCUUCCAUUUUAAAACUUAAGUCAUUUAAAGGCUGACAGAAAAUAAAUUAAUUGGCUAAUUUAAUUCUGUUAUUUGAAGAUAUAUUUUCUUCCACUUAUUUUAUUUUUUAUUAAAUUCAUUAACAAAAACACAUUUGUAGUGUACACGUUUAAAAUAUAUUUUGUUCUUACAUAUUUAAACUCAAUUAUAAAUCCAUCAUUCAACAGCAAUAAAAUUUAAUUAUAACAUUUACUUGUAUAUUUUUUUACUUACCUUUUUUGACAUUUGACAGUUUAGUCAUUGUCAAUAAUAAAUUACAAAUUAUUUGUAUCUCAUAGAAAUUAACAACCAAUGGCUGCCCGAAAAGUGCAGAAAAAAAGAAAUCAGCAGCAUGCAAUGCAUAUAUUAUAAUUCCACAUAAAUUGUAAUUAAGUGGUUAAAAUGUGCAAAAACAGUGGUAUGGUCCUUUAAUGCAAUAACACAAGGGAUGUGAAGGUGGUUUGUCAUCCUGGCUUACCUCCUAAAGGCAAUAUGUUUUAAGUUUUUUCAUUUCCAACAGUGAUAUUGAAAUAUUUAUUUUACUUAAUAUUAAUUUGUAUGUAUUUGAAAUUUGAAUUGUUUUAUAUUUUAGGGUUUUAAUUUAUUUUAGGCUUUCUUUGGUUCUUGAAAUCGCUGUAGCAGAAGUUAAAGCUGCACAAAUGCUGUUUAUUGUCUUCCACUUUAGCAUCUCCACUAAAAAUCCCUCACUGUGAAUACAGUCUGGUGCAGCUCCAGCAUACAGACACGAGGAGUUAACCAAACUGGAUCUUAGCUGGUUGCAACACUGUGCGUUCACUGACAUGUCAAAACUCCUGGUUAUAAAUUACAUUGAGCUUUCUUAUUCAUUUCCAGCAAGUUAGUAUGUGUUCAGGCUGACACUGCUUAAUAUUCAACAAGUGACACAAAGACCAAAUAACCCAAAGCAACAAGUGUGCCCACAGCUUUCAGCAGGAAGCAUUUUCACAGCACAGGUGGCUGCUUUUUAAUUACAUACCAUCUGCUCUGCAAGUUUAUUCAGGGCUUUUCUGCAUAUUCGGCCCAAAUGUAAUACUGGGUCUGAUAAACAGAAACUGAACCAAACAAUAAAAAGGAAGUCUUUCUGCAGUAGUUCAACUUUUUGGGAGUUAUUCGCUUUGAGAGUCACCUGAGAAGACUGGCACCACUUUCAUAUCUGUGCCCUAAAUAAACAGAGUGAGCAGCUCUUAGCUUAGCUCAAAUACUCUGAACCGGCCACUUUUGAGCACCUCUGGUACUCAUCAAUUGAUAACAUAAGACGUUUAUUCCACUGCUUGAAUUUGGGACAGGUGUCAGGUGAUGUAAACAUUUACAUGAGUGGUCCAACAAUUGCUGGUUUUAGCUAUUCUCUUUCCAUUGCAUGUAUUAUCUUACAGCUUUUGCUACUUACUCUUAACUCAGAGUGCAACAAAACAACUAUGAAUAGUAGUUAAUGGGCAUAACUCCAGUUGAAAGAUCACGUAUGAAAUAAAACAAGGAGGAGGUUUGAUAUAUUGGCCUUGAGAUGGGUUGUGACAAUGGGGGUUUGAUCGGGAUCAAAUUAGCCACUUUGGAAAGAUGAGGUAGUUUUAUCUGGAUUAUAAGUCACAUUUUAUGUUGAUGAUGGCGAUGUUGGAAGGGAGAAGUCUGCUGCUCAAUUAAGACUUCAGACCAACACAGUUGUUUUUCAGGGUCGCCUAGACGUACCUGCCCUGGAGUAGGUUCUUUCUUCUCACUCUGAAAACAGCCAUGAAUGAAGUUCUACAGGGCUGGUUCUGCAUUCGGAACAUGCAGCAACCACCCUAAAAGAAGCCACAAGUUCCUGCAGUGGAAAACAGUCUAUAGAGUAACCAGGAGCAACAGAGUGUCUUUGCAUUAAAGCAGUAAUUUGUUUACUUGUCAGAUGGUUCGUCUUUGACAUUGUCAGUCAUAAUCUGGAAGCACUCUAACACUGACUGCCCCCACCUCACCGCUUUGUUAACCUUUGAGCUAACGCUAAGCUCCUACGUUAAGGAUUGACAGCUUAAAAUCAGGGUAGGAUGUUGGAAACACUCACAGCACAAUUACUGGUUGAAAUUUAAUGGACUACAAACGUUCCACUGCAUGUCUUCCCCCGACUUCACACCACUUCCUGCCGAAACUGUCCCUGUCCCCCUAAGACAUUCCAGACCAGGGAUUAAUUCAUAUACUUGACCCAAUGUGAAAUACAUUUUAACGUGUGUGUGUGUGUGUGUGUGUGUGUGUGUGUGUGUGUGUGUGUGUGUGUGUGUGUAAAUGAUACUGUACUUGUUCAGAAAGCAUGUGGAGGAUGUUUGGUUGUGUUCCUAUGGAGAAGAGAUAAAGAGAUUAACAGACUGAAGCAGCUCACUCCUCACCCUCUGUGGCUGACAGACUGAGCGCGAUGCUAAAGCUGCUAGCAUGUAAUCUACCUAUUUUUUCCUACGUAUGAAACUAACUGUAAAGAAGAACUAUUUUGUUGAUGAUAUAGUUAAGGAUAUUUAUUUGAAAAAGAUAACUGCUGUAUAAGCUAGCACUGAUUUGAAAACACUUUAAACUUACAAGUAGUGUAAAUCAGAACAAACGAGUAUUUCAAAACAUCUCUCGUUUUUUCAGAUGACUUUCAGAGUACUGAAUUACCUACCUGACAAAUCCUUCUCCUGCCCGGGGACCCCAAGUACCCCAGAGUCACUGUGUAUCAACUAGUUUGUUAUAACUAAUAAUCUAACAGUUAAGGCUUUAUUAUCUUCUGUUAAUCUAGCUUAAACAGUUUCAUUUAGGAGUGUAAUGGUACACGAAAUUCAAGGUUCAGUUUUUGAGAAUCUUUCUGACCCCAAUUCUUCUCAAAUGUUGCAUAUUGUCAAUAACCGUGUUUCCGUGACUUAUUUUAUGCACAUUUGGGAGUUCUAAGCUCUGGGGAGGUUUUUAUGACCAAAAAGGAUUCAUAAUAAAAAAGGGUGAAACCGACUUUGUUUACAGUUAUACAGAUGUGUCUUCAAUAAUGGAGGUCAAUGAAAAGGAUUUUCUUUUCAUUGCAAUACCAUGACAAACCACUGGGACAAACUAAAAAUCACACAGCGUCAACAGCUGUAAAGGCUUACCUUUAUCAUCAACUAAUCAAUUGAUCAAAAAACAAUCCAAAAAUAAUCUAGAAUUAAAAUAACAAUUUGUUGGAGCCCAGCUAGCCUGCUAUACGCAGAUAGGCAACAGCUGAUGCACUGCCAAAAUGUUCCCGGUAUUUUGGAGUUUUUAUUCCAGGAGGCGAAUACAUCAACAUAAUUAGACUUGUGACCAAACUGAACGUUUCGUACCGUUACACCCCUACCUCCCUUCAUAAUUUCAGUUUUGUGCUUACAUGAUUCAGAUUGCAAAACUGAUUUGGAACCACAGAGCAACCUGUAGCCAUUCACUAGAAUCACCAGACACAAAGGGGUGCCCGGCAGCACAUUUUUGCCCAGGGGCCACCUAAAAGGUAAAUCUGGCCAUGGAGAAGAUUUACACUGUGUGGAAACUAUAGAUUUUAUUCAGCAGGAUCUUACAGUUUACUGAGCUGUAAACCUGUGUAUUAAAUGCAGAUAUAUAGUUGACAUAGCCUUACCCUCUAUUUCCAGAAAAAAAUAGACCUGCCUGCUGGUUCAUAGGUCUCAUGUAGCAAUUGAUUCUGCUGGUUUCCAGUGAAGCCACUGGUUGGCUGUGUGAUUACCAGUUUGUGUACUGGGAAAUGUGAAAACUUACUUAGUAAGGCUGUAUUUAUUGUAAACAUUGUAUUUAUUGUUUUUUUGUGCACAUGGUUCUGUGAAACGGGCUUCCAGCUGUGAGAUGCAGCUCUUAUUGGGUUAUUUUGCCCAGAAACACUGUGUUCAGUUCCCUGAUUGCUGUUUGUGUUAUAUUACUGUAAAUACUCUGUACAUGAAGAGAUGCUGAGAGACCUAUUGGAAAAAAAUAGCUCUAUUUAUAAUGAGAGAAGAUGAUGUGUUUUAUUUCCCUUGUUUUCCUAGGAAGGCAUUGCAUAGCAAUAAACAUUGCACAGAGUUGACCUAUUUAUUAAUUCAUUCCUGCUAUCUUCUGUAGAUUUCUACUCUUUUUAUUUGUCAUCAGACAUAAUAACCAAAGCUUUUCUCUCGGCCAAAAUCUCUCCUUUUCUUUCAUUUCUCCUCCCACGCUUCCCUCUCACUCUUCCCCAUCUAUUUUUCACCCUGCCCUCAUCACGACUCCUCUCCUGCUGCGGUAAAGUAUUGAAAUUCCUCUGGCUUUGACUGCCAGUCUGAUAUGCUAAGGCAUUUUUAUUGUUCAGGCCCUUUUCUGUUAUCAAGGGGGCAGCGGGGCUUAUCGGCGACUCCUGCGGUGUUGUUUUUUAGGCCUGCAGUGGUGUAAUGAUUAGACCUGUUCGAAGGUUAAAUAUUUUCAGCUGCAGAGUGAGUUUUCCACAUUCUGUCUCAUUCACAGGUAGAUUGCGCUGAACUGAACAAAGUGAAGAGAGAAUAUCGCAUCUGUUAUUAUCCUGUUUAGAUAUAUAGGUCAGACAGUGUUUAUUACGUUUCAGAGUUGCAGUGGUAUGAGACGGACCUGAAAUACAAAAAAACGAUACUUAAAAUCCAGGCCUUGACUUCAUAAAUUCUGUUUUCCUUUUUCCUUUUCCCAGGCUGUGUACAUCAGAUGCAGAAUACCUGUUUGGCAGGUUUUAAUAUUCACACACGGCUGCAACAUGCUUGGCUUUUUUGUUUGUUUUAUUUUGCAGGGGUUUAGCAGAGAUGGAGGAGCACUUCUAAACAUGGAUUGUGUAACUUAAAGCAAUGUGUAUAUAAUGUUUUAUAACUACUGUAAGGCAUUUCAAGAAAUCUAUGAGGUUAAUAAACCUGAGAUAUAUUUCUCUACAGAA